UUUGAAUCAUUUGUAACCUCUACUUCCGGUUCUCGUGAACGUACAGGCACGUGUGACUCAUGCUGUUUUGCGUUUAAUUGUUACAGAUAAAUAAGUUUGACUUUUCAUUUCAUAAACAAUAGAUGCAAUAAAAUUGCUUUAAACGUGUGCUCGAUAAAAAGACGGAAAAAUGGAAAACGGAAAGAAAGAAGUUAACUCUGAAACCGUGAAUGCCUCAAGCGAUGAGGUUAAAUGUGAGAAGCCGGUUUCUAACGUUGAAGAAAAUUCUAUAAAGGAUGAAAAAACUGAAGAACCUACCAGUGAACUCUUAACUAAUAUAAAGAAUGAAGACGAGAUUAAAUGCGAGGAGCCUGUUCCUAACGUUGAAGAAAAUUCUAUAAAGGUUGAAAAAACUGAAGAACCUACCAGUGAACUCUUAACUAACAUAAAGAAUGAAGACGAGGUUAAAUGCGAGGAGCCUGUUCCUAACGUUGAAGAAAAUUCUAUAACGGAUGAAAAAACUGAAGAGCCUUCCAGUGAACUCUUAACUAAAAUAAAGAGUCAAGUUGAGUUCUACUUUGGAGAUGUUAACAUGCAGAAAGAUAAGUUUCUCAUUGACCAAACAAAAUUGGAUAACGGUUGGAUACCAAUGUCUAUCAUGUUAAAUUUUAAAAUGUUAACCUCUAUGAGCAAGAAUUCUGAUACGAUACUGAAGGCAUUGGAGUCUAGUGAACUUAUAGAAAUAUCAGAGGACAGAAAAAAAAUUCGUCGCUCACCAAAACAUCCUUUACCUGUUUAUAAUGAAGAAUAUAGGAAAGCACAGGAAGCCCGAACAGUUUAUUUAAAAGGAUUUCCAUUAAAUGACACAAAUAUUGAGAAACUUAAAAACUUCUUUAGUGAUUUUGAACCAUUUGAAAAUAUUAUUAUGAGGAAAUAUUGCACUGCAGAUAAAAAGUUACGGUUUAAAGGAUCUAUCUUUGUACAGUUCAGGACACUGGAAGAUGCAAAAGCUUUUAUGGCUAGAGAAUUGAUUAAGUAUGGAAAUACUGAAUUAAUUAAAAAAUGGUCAGUUGAUUAUGCCAUAGGAAAGGCAAAAGAAAAGGAAGACAAAAGACAGAAAAGAUCUGAACAUAAAGCAAAGAAAAAUGACACUGGGAAAGAAAAGAUGGAUGAAGAUAGUGGAGAGGAAAAUGAGAAAGAAACAACUUUACCUAAGGGUUGUGUAAUUCACUUUUCCGAUGUACCUGAAAAAUGCAAAAGAGAAGAUAUCAAGGAACGUUUAGGCGAACUUCAAGCCAGCGUUGCGUUUGUCGAUUUUAGAAUGGGUGAUAAGCAGGGUUGGGUUCGCCUACAAGGAGAGAAUUCUGCAAAGACUUUAGUUGAUAAAAUGAAAAAUAAUAGAGUAUUGAUCAACAAAAAAGAAGUUGUGUGCCGGAUUCUUGAAGGUGAAGAAGAAGAGGAAUACUUAGCAAAAGCAAAAGAAAAAAUGACGAUGCUAAGGCAACAAAAGUCUUAUAAUAAAGGAAAACGGGCAGGCAAGAAGGGUCGUAAUGCACAAAGAGGUCUAAGGAAGAGGCGUAAUAGCGAUACCAACGACGGAGUUCCCACUAAAAAAGCAGCUGUCGAGUAAAUGAAAGAAUCUAAUUAAUAACAAGCCAAACAAAUUCCACACUCUUAGCUAUGUAUAUUAAUCUUAUUUUUGUUAUGUGGACGUACACAGAGAUAUCUGUAUAGAUUUUAAAAGAUAGAUGUUACACAGCGACAAACUCAAAGUAGGCUUCUACUUUAUGCGCAUAUUUUUUGUUAUAUGUGAGUAGUGUUUAUAUUAUUUAAACGAUGAAAAUACGACAUUCUUAUAUUUUUAAA